AUGGUUUGGGAACAGCUUGACGUCGAUAAGCCUCAUGUGGCCUACAUGAUCCUGGGAGGCUUCACCAGUCUUUUCAUGCUGUGUUCGCUUUUCGUGAAAGAGAGGCUCUAUAUCGGUGAAGCCACUGUCGCCACGCUGUGUGGCAUCAUAUUCGGUCCAUAUGCCGCCAAUCUAUUUGACCCGGACUCAUGGGGCAACGUGGACAAGAUCACGCUAGAAUGCUCGCGCAUAGUCCUGGUCGUCCAAUGUUUUGCCGUGGGCGUCGAGUUGCCCAAAUCUUACAUGGAGAGGCACUGGAAGUCCGUUGCCCUCCUACUAAUCCCCGUCAUGACAUACGGAUGGCUCAUGACCAGUUUGUUUAUCUGGUGGCUGGUCCCGCCUCUGUCGUGGCUUGAAAGUCUGGCAUGCGCAGCAUGUGUCACUGCCACCGAUCCCGUUCUAGCAUCGUCCGUUGUCGGUAAGGGUAAAUUCGCCAAACGAGUCCCUAAACAUCUGCGAGAUAUCUUAUCGGCAGAAUCGGGGUGUAACGACGGAAUGGCCUUUCCAUUCAUCUACUUGUCACUUUACAUCAUUAGAUACCGACCAGAUGCCCAUACCGUUUCCUUCCACUGGUUCUGCAAUACUAUCCUUUACGAAUGUAUUUUCGGUGCCAUCUUUGGCUUCUUGAUUGGUUAUAUUGCGCGCCAUAUGAUCAAGUAUGCAGAGAAAAAGAACCUGAUCGAUAGAGAGAGUUUCCUUGUGUUCUACUUCGUGCUGGCACUAUUCUGUGCAGGCUCCGGCAGCCUCCUCGGCAUGGACGAUCUCCUGAUUGGAUUUGCAGCUGGAGUCGGAUUCAGUAACGACGGAUGGUUCACGGCCAAAACCGAGGAGGCCCACGUUUCCAACGUUAUCGACUUGUUACUCAACUUGGCAUACUUUGUUUAUUUCGGAUCCGUCAUCCCUUGGAGUUCGUUCAACAUGCCCGAAAUUGGACUCUCUCCGUGGAGGCUUGUUGUCAUUGCAUUAUUGGUCAUUUUCUUCCGACGAAUCCCGAUCAUGAUGGUACUAAAACCUAUAAUUCCCGAUAUAAAGACCUGGCGCGAGGCUCUCUUUGCUGGUCAUUUCGGUCCAAUUGGCGUCGGCGCCAUCUUUGCCGCCAUCUUGGCCAGAGCCGAGCUCGAGAAUGAAAGCACAGAACCAGAUCCACAGGCUGAACUUCCUCAUCUGGGCCAGAAAAACUAUUAUAUAAUCCAACUGAUCUGGCCUAUUACUACCUUCCUGGUAAUCGCCUCUAUAGUUGUCCAUGGAUCUUCCAUUGCUGUCUUCACUCUCGGCAAACGCAUCAACACCCUUACAAUUACUCUGUCAUACACCACUGCCAAUGAAGAUGGUCCUUCGUGGAUGAAUCGCCUCCCUCGUGUUGCAUCAAUGUCAAAGAGUUCGGUAUCUCUGCGAAAGGCUGAGUCAAAUGAAACAACAACAAACGGAGAGGUUCCAGAGUAUCCUCCGGGAACGCUGGGCCCCAUUGGUGUUCCGGGCAAUUUCCUUCGACGUGUCCACGAUGACGAUGAGGAGAGCAGCCGAAAGACGCCCAGCAUCCGUUCAAAAAGACGUCGUAAGCGCCGCAAGAAUAUUGGUGGCCCUAUCAGUCAAUCCGCCAUUAUGCCUGCAAGACGUCCAGAUGCCACGGCCGAGGAAAAGGCUGAAAUCGGUGAAAAAUCCGAUGAGCCAUCCCCAGCUGGUGAGGAAGAACGCGAUGAGACAGAUCCGAUUGAACGUGAAGAGACAGAUCGGAUUAGACGUGAAGACUCGCCACCCCACAGAGAACGCAAGUUGGUCGGCCGGGAGCCAGAGAUUGAAGUCUACCAAGAAGGUCACACGAUGAUCAUUGAAGAUGCGGAAGGAAACGUUCUCAAGACUGAAGACAUCAGUGGCGAAUCUCCCGAGGAACAGAAACAGCACAUCUUAGAUUGGCACAAGAGAAUUCAGACCGAUAAGUCUGGCGAAUUUGCCAAGUCAGAGAGCCAACCACAUGGCAAGACAGAAGGCGAAGAAAUCAAGAAAGAGGCCGAAGAGGUGGUUACUAAUCAAUACCGCACAAUGCGACAACGUUUUGGUCAGUGGACUGGUUGGGGCAAGGAAAAAACGGCAGACACCGAGGCAGGUCCGUCAAAAGCCAAGGCGAAGCCGCCCCGUCAAUCGGCACAUGCGUAUCAAUUUGGUAAUACCAUCAUUGUCGAAGAUGAAGACGGAGAGGUCAUCAAGAAAUACACCAUUCCUACCGCGGAUGCCGCUACUCCGGUUGCUGCUGCUGCUGCAGAGUCACAAGUGCGCAAAGGUCUUACUAGAAUGGGUACUUGGGUUGGAAUGAAAGAAGGAGAACCCAUCAAAGAAGAAGCAGUGGGACCCAGCUUCGGAGAAGAUGAUGACGGUCUACGGUUUACUGUCGCCCACGACCCUGCUCUCGAGACGCAAGGGGUCGACGUCAAGGGAAGACGCAUGAGCAAGCAGGAUUUCAUCAAAGAGAUCAGCAAAUUAGAUCCUCGUGCGCGUCAUAACCUGGUAAAAGAGACUGAUGCGCCCCAAGCAGUUAAGAAAGUGGCUCGUGAGGACGCAAAGACUCAGGAGAAGAUCGAAAAGACAAUAGAAGAAGACCCCGCUGAAGGGGCGGCCAUGCCUCAGGACCCGAAUGCAGAUGAUGAUUCUGCAGAGGAGGUCAGUGAUACGGAGUCUGAGCGCGAUAUUCCCACUCAUGAUGUCGCCGGUGUGCUGGCCAAGUUUUCUGGAAACGCGCAAGAACGCCGCAGGCGCCUUGCGGGUGAAGACGAAGAUCUUGCACAAGAAGAGGACUCUGAAGAUGAUGGCACCGAGCGUGUCCCGCCUUCUGCCAAAAGAGCAGGACUCAACACUCUUCGUCGCAAUGUACUCGCCGCAGACGACGACACUGGAGAAACACCAGCGGAACGCAAGCGACGUCUGGCUGCCUUAGGUGAGAUUGAGCACAAGGACGACGAGGACGAUGACGAAGAAGCCGAACUGGCUGGCGUACCGCGCAGACUAAAAGCCGCAGUCGUACGAGAACCGAGCGAUAGUGAGGAUGAAGGCGAUGAUACCCCGACUGCUAGAGGAAGCAUCCAGUUUGCCGACGGCACUCGUCCUGCCAGAGUCACCAGCGAGAGCACUGACACCAGUAACGGUGGUCGAUCUGCACGAAAUGUCUACGGCCACGGUUCGCGGCAGCACAAGGUCUCCUGGGGUGGAGAACGGGGUCGAAGCCGUUAG